AAAAAAAAUCCCCUUCAAAAAACCCACGUCAGAAUUUGUAGGAGGAGUCAGACACCUCCUCUUCCUCCUGGUCGCCCUCCUUCAGACCCCAGAGCAGCAUUCAGAGGAAGUUAAAGCCCUCAAAGCUCUUCAGCCUCUGUGAGUACCAUCAGAAAAUAGAGCAGUGAUCCUUUGUGUUAGAGAGAGCACUCACUCAGUCUUUAAUUUUUCUUUCCUCCUCUUAGAAAUUCAGCGAUGAUGUCAAACUAUUUGCCGUUAGCUUAUUGGUCUUCUGCUGUGACGUCCAGCAGAUCUGAAACAAGCUUCAGUACGAAGAGCAGGAUUCAGAGGAAAGGAACUCAGUGUGUGAACUGUCUGACUGAGCACACGACGCUGUGGAGGAGAAACUCUGCAGGAGAAGCCGUCUGCAACGCCUGCGGACUCUACUACAGACUACACCGGGUGAAUCGCCCGCUGGCCUUGAAGAAAGAUGGAAUCCAAACCAGAAAACGGAAAGUGGUCACUAAGAAUAAGAGGAAAACUGACCAAUCAGAGACCAAGCUGCUUAAGGGGGUCCAGCCCAGUGAUGUCACAGCAGCUGACAGCAGCGUUGUCGGGUUUUAGGUGACCUGAUGCUGCAGAGGAAAACAUCAGCUCAGGACCUUCUUCUUCAUUAUCAGAACAAUCGAGUGAAUAAAUAAAUCCAUGAACCUCUGCAGACAGGAGCUGCUCGCACAACUUGAAGAGAAAUUUGUGAGGGUAAAGCUUUUCAGACGUGUCUGCUGUUUUUGCUUCCUGUGUGCCGUCCUCUGUGAUCACCUGUGUUUUUAGAUUUUUGUUGGCUGUAUUUACUGUGGACCUUGUCUCCAGCCCAAUAAAUGACUCACUUUUUGUUAUUUAACACAUCUUAUUUUGCCUCCUACAUUUGGGUCCCCAGUCCUCCACUCCCCCCUCCUUCUGACAGCAGCAUUUAUCGACAGCUACCAGGACGAACUCAUCACUCAUGUGAUCCAAUGCAUAAACAUUAACAGCCUGGGUUUAGUUUCAGCUGCCUCACACAUGUAAAACUCAACGUUUUAGAAAUGGCUUUAAAUCCAGGACCCGUUCCAGAAAACAGGUUUGAAAAAACUCAGUUUAACAUAAAGUCUGAUCAGUUAUUGAUUAAUUAUUAAUAUCUGAUUCAUCCU